AUGUUAUCACGACAUUCCAGGGCAGUGCUAUUGCGCGCUCGUCCUCACUCUUUGGCCUUUGGCGUCUCCAACCUGAAACAUGAGAGAUGGAGACCCUUGGGUUGCGGCGCAACAUCGAUAUUCACACGGUCUAUGGCUGAACACGCGCACGUGAAGGAAAGGCUGCCUAGAAGUGAGAAAGCCCAGGAGCGAUUCCGAGAGUUCUCUCUUGCAGGAAAAGUAUUUGCAGUGACGGGUGGUGCAAGGGGGUUGGGGUUGUCGAUGGCCGAGGCAUUGGUCGAAGCCGGCGGACGAGUAUACUGUCUUGACAGGCUUCCCAAGCCAGACGAAGAAUUUCACGCCGCAGAGGCGCGCGCAAACCCAGACUUUGGGGGCUCUUUACACUAUAAGCGCAUGGACGUGACCGACGACGCAAACACUGAAGCCGUGAUGGCCGACAUCGCAGAACAAAACAACCGGCUAGACGGUCUUGUUGCAGCUGCGGGCAUAAACUGUGUUGCGAGUGCGAUCGAUCACACACCUAAGAACGUUGAUGACGUGAUCCACAUCAACUACACUGGUGUCUUUCGCAGCGCUGUUUCAGCCGCGAAAGCAAUGUUGGACGUGAAGUGCCACGGCUCUAUUCUCCUUGUAGCAAGUAUGAGCGGUAUGAUUGCCAACAAGGGCAUGGAGUCUGCCAUCUACAACUCGUCUAAGGCUGCAGUAAUUCAGCUGGCACGGAGUCUAGCGAUGGAGUGGUCUGAGGUUAAGGAAGAUGGCACGGGCGGGAUUCGUGUGAACUGUCUUUGUCCUGGGCAUAUUGAGACGCCAAUGGCAAAGAUGGUUAUGGAGAAAGAUCCGGAUACUAGGGAUCUGUGGACGUCUGAGAAUAUGAUGAAGAGGUUAGCGAGACCGGAGGAGUUUAGGGGCAUUACUUUGUUGCUUAUGAGCGAUGCUUCGAGCUUCAUGACUGGCAGUACUGUGGUUGUCGAUGGUGGGCAUACAGCUUGGUAA